AUUUUGUUGGUGCAAAUGACGGACAGAAGGAUCCAAAUCAACGGAACCAGUGAACGAAGCAAAGAUGGGUCAUUGUCUGGGACAGAUCGUUUUGUUGUAGAUAAAACCGGAAGAAUCGGAGGCCAUUCGCAAGAGAAAGCGCGCACAGCUUCGCCUUUCCGAGCUCUCCCUUCUGCAAGACCGAUGAGUAAUCUCGGUCUCGUACUGGGUGCUCUGUUGGUGGUUCUGAUCUGGUACUUAUGGAAGGGGUUGAAGUAUCUGACAUGGAGGCCAUAUGUGAUCACAGAAGCUUUCAGGAAGCAAGGGGUGAGAGGCCCUGCUUACAGGUUCUGGUCGGGAUCACUCGGGGAGAUCAGAAGCAUAAGCAAAGCCGCCAUGGAGAAGACCUUGGACAUGAAGUCACAUGAUAUCUCCACGAGAGUUCAGCCUUUUUACCGCAAGUGGACGUCGGAAUACGGUCAGACUCCAUCUUCCCUUCCUCAGAUCCUCAAACUCGUUAGUAUCAUUCAGGCUCGAGUGGAUUCCAAGGAACGCUGUGGCUACGGAAAUGAUCUGCUUGGCUUGAUGUUAGAAGCUUGUCACAAGCCAGAGGGGCAGAUCCUGAGCAGGGACGACAUUGUAGACGAGUGCAAGACGUUUUUCUUCGCAGGACAGGACACCACCGCCCAGUUCGUGACAUGGACUAUGUUCUUGCUGAGCACAAACCAGAACUGGCAGGAGAAGCUCCGGGAGGAGGUGCAGCGAGAGUGUGGGAUGCAAACCCCAGAUGCAGAUAUGCUCAGCAAGCUGAAACUAGUCACCAUGGUUCUCCUGGAAACCUUGAGGCUCUACGGCCCAGUCGACGUGCUAAGGAGAAAGGCCGGUAAAGAUAUGACCUUGGGGAAGAUCAAUAUCCCCAAAGACACCGAGAUAGUGAUGCCGAUCAUGCUGACUCAUAGGAACAAGGAGAUAUGGGGACCUGAUGCUGAUGAGUUCAACCCACUCAGAUUCGAGCACGGGGUCACCAAAGCUGCCACACACCCCACUGCGCUGCUCGCGUUCGCGGUAGGGCCGCGGGCUUGCAUCGGCCAAAACUUCGCCAUGUUGGAAGCCAAGACUGUGAUCGCAAUGAUACUGCAGAGGUUCUCAUUUUCCCUUUCGUCCGAGUACAAGCACGCUCCUCGACGCUCCACCACCGUCCAACCUCAGUACGGCCUUCCUGUCGUUCUUAAGCCGCUGCGAGCCGGAACCUGAAUUGGUUGAUACUGUGGUUCUAUCUCUAUGUCAUCGUGCUUAUUAUUACCAUGUAAGCGUAUGGCCAGCAUGGUCAUGGAACUGUAUCUAAAUGUCGAGGAAACCACAAGAUAAUUUGCACUUAGAUUUCGUAGUCUGUGACUUGGAUCCAACUAUAAACCCAUAAAUAAAAUUAUUGGUGGUUCUUUA